AAGGUUCAUGUUUGCCAUGGACAGCCAUGCCCCUUUAGCUAGCUAGUAGAGUUGACUAACUGUAAGAGAAUCGAAAGCGCAAAAAGGCUUCAAAGUUUGCAAUUAUUGGCCGGCAGCGAGUGACCCAUCGGUAUGACACUCACAGUACUUAUUUGCUCUCGUACGGAGGACCUUCGAUCCCUGACAUAUCGUGGGAUAAAGUUAGGGGUUCCGAAUAGCCGCUGUCCUGCGCUCUAUGAUGUAGACCAUGGCACAAAUACUGGGAUUGCCAGUGUCUACUAGUGCGUCAGUUGUUCCGUCCUGGAUCGUCGGCCGUGCUCGCUACGUUUGAUCAGCACUCAGGAUCAUUUGCUUUAUCCUAGUCCAGCCGGACGACGGCAAACAUGUGUGGCCGAACCGCACAAACAGGAGAUGCCGUCCGAGCUGCCGCGAAAAGUUUAGGAAUAGCUCUCGAGACUACGUCAAAGUCGAACGCUGGUAGUACGACGAAUUUUUCGGGGCCAGAGAAGCAACAGCAACACAUGGAAUCUACUGAUGCUCAAAGAAGCUCUUCAUCCUCAAAGCCAUUAUCUGUGGUCAAGGAAUCCAUGUUUUCUUCGUUGCAUGACAACGAGUCUUCUGAGUUGCGCAACAAUUUUAAUCUCAGCCCUGGGAUGGAUGCAGUCGUCUUUUGGAAAGACAAAUUUGACACUGUUCGCGCAACGCGAAAGACUUGGGGCUUAAUAACACGGGGUGGAAGCGAAGAGAAGCCGAUCGAGGACGGCAUGGGCAAGCAUUUUAGCAAUCUUAUGUUCAACGCUCGUUCUGAUACCCUUUAUACCAAGCCGACCUUUGGACGACUCGCGACAUCAGGCAAGACCUGCUUGAUUGCGGUAGACGGAUUUUUUGAAUGGAAAACUGUCGUGGGAAAGAAACAGCCUUAUUUCGUUUACCGCAAGCAACACGAAAACCAAAAAGCAGAAGAAAAUAGGCAACGGGGACUUCCUACUGACUGUAAAGCAUCCUCUCGGCCGUAUCUUUUAUUGGCGGGCUUAUGGACAAGUGUUCCUACUGGACUGGCGGACGGCGAUACGCUCGAUACUUUCACAAUAGUGACCACGGAAGCUUGUCCGCCACUACAAUGGCUACAUACUCGUAUGCCAGUUUGUGUAUGGGAGGACGCUUUGGCCUGGGAAUGGUUGCGACAUCCAACGCAAAGAUGCCACCGCAAGUUAGAAGACGCCUCUCGAAAUACAAAAGACAACCUUUUGGCUUGGCAUGCCGUGACGUCGGAAAUGUCGAAACCCAAAUUUCGCUCGUCGGAAGCUAUUAAGGCACUGCCGCAGCCAAAAUCGAUUCAAUCGUUUUUCGCCGUGAUGGAAAAUGACAAGAAAUUGGAUUCUUCACCGUCUAGAUCCCCGUCGCGCAAGAAACCACCUACCUCUCUGUCGAAACGGAAUGCGAAGAGUCAUCAAAACAGCCAAACUCCGACGAAAAAGACCAAAAUCAAAACUAGUGGAAUUGCAUCCUUCUUUAAGCCAAAGCCAUCGCCUCCAUCUUGAUGGUAGCGAUGGCAGAACCGUGCCCUUGACAAAGGGGGCGCAUUCGAUUUAAUCUCGAUACGACGUUCAAAGCACAACCCCAUGUAAAUUGAGGUGAAUACGCCUACUUACCUACCUUCAUUCGAUACAGUCAAUGCACGAAGGAUUUUUCAUAGAAAAAUUUCACAGUCUAAACAAUGACGUAAUCCGGGAAAAACGUUUCGAAAAAAUCUAUAUCAGGAUUUGCAGGCACGUGGCCCAAGAGUCUUUCUAACCUGCCCGAACUGUGCUUCAAUGACACAAAUUGUUUACUUUCUAGCUUAUUGGCACGCUGUUUAAAAUACUGACCUUGUACUAAUGAGCGAAGAUGAUUUGUAGCUAAAAGGAGAAACAGAACCGGCUCAGCUUGAGCGGCUUUCGGGAAUAGCAGACUGACACAAAAUGCGCAACCCAUAGUGGCUAAGUCCGCUCGCAAUUACUAUAGCCCUGGGCUUUCUGUGGAUAAAGUUUGCAAGUUCCCGUUGCUGGAAUAGCUCCAAGAAUUCUGCUGCUUCUGCUGUUGUGGCUGCGGAUUGUCCGUUGGCACGGCUAAGAGUGCCGAUUGCAUUGGAAUGUGAUCGAUAGGACACUUGGGCGGCCCUACUGGAGUUUGCAGGCUCGGUUUAAGGCAGCGCUCGUGAAACAUGUGUCCACAGGGACGCAAUUGAGUGUCGACAUUGGUCUGUGAGCACAGCGCACAUAUCGUCUCCGACGGAACUUGGACAUGACCAUCCCCUUCACUCGGAUCAACUGAAGAUGCGCCGUCCUUUCCAUAAUGCAGCUUAUACUGACUACUUCGUUCUUCCGGCAUUUCAACAGCGUGUUGUCCUGGAUGCUGAUGCGAGGUCUCUCCUUCUUGGCCCAAACCUACUGGAGCCGAAGCUGGUGGAUAGGAAUACUGGCCGUAUUGUUGAUGUUUUUCGCGAUUGAUGAACUCCUGGGAUAGUGUACGCUGAAUCUUCGCUGGUAACACCAAAUCAGUAAGUUUUUCACAGCUUCUGCUUACGGACAUGAGACCACGGGCUGCCAAAGCAUCAUCAUACGCGCGUUUCAGAGUUCCCGUAUCGGUAUUCGACGUUUCUGACCCCAUACUCGACAAAGCAGCCAGCCUAGGAGCCCCCGACACUGACGCAGGCAACGAAUAUUCCUUACGCAUUGACUGCGAAGGCGAUUCGUCUUCCAAAGACAAGCCAAUCUCGUUAUCUUCAUCGCCUGAAGGUUUGGUAGCUCCUUUUUGAUCCCGACCUCCCAUUGCAUUAAGAUUGUUUGUUGAAUUACGGUCACCACCAAAGAACACUUCCAGAAACGCAUACGAGUCAUUUUUCCCUAUGGAAUCCAUACUCUUCACUUGAGCCAGAUUACCCAUUUUGUUCAGAUUCCCCUGGCUCGCUAAGUCCGCUCCACUGAGUGAACUGACGCUCUUUACACCCGGAAUAGUUCCGAGAUUACUCAACGAUGUGAUGCUUGAGAAAUGCGGCCACGAGUUCAGCGUUGGCACGUUUGGAAGAGCAUUGUGAGACGGUGCUUUCAUGGGAUUUUGAUUUGCGCCUUGUUGCUGUGAAGCAAUGCUUGUUGUUUGAGGAUGUUGCUUGGCUUCUGCCUUCAGACGCGCUGACUCGGUUGCCUGCCGUACGAGAUCUUGAUCACGGGCGAACAAUUCCAUGAGCACAGCAUGACUGUCGGUUUUGCUCAAUUGCGUACUUGAGGACAGCUGAGGCAGGGUGCCGAUCGAGCUGCUCGUUGACAGUUGAGGGUUUGAUUGCAUACCCUGAUCUGACGGGAGUGUGGAGGAGUAGUAGUGUGCAUCGUUCGUUUGUUCGUUAGAGGGCGCCGACGAGUAGAUCGAAUUACCGUAUAUGUCGGUAGAUCCCGACGA